AUGAAAGUCAUCACUUGCGAGAUCGCCUGGCACAACAAGGAGCCGGUGUACAGCCUGGACUUCCAGUAUGGAGCCGCCGGGAGGAUCCACCGGCUGGCCUCCGCGGGGGUGGACACGGCUGUCAGGAUCUGGAAGGUAGAGAAAGGACCAGAUGGAAAGGCCAUUGUUGAAUUUUUGUCCAAUCUUGCUCGCCAUACCAAAGCGGUCAAUGUCGUGCGUUUUUCUCCAAAUGGGGAAAUUUUAGCAUCGGGAGGGGAUGACGCUGUCAUUCUGCUCUGGAAGGUGAAUGAUAACAAGGAGCCGGAACAGGCUGCCUUUCAGGACGAGGAUGAGGCUCAGCUGAACAAGGAGAACUGGACUGUUGUAAAAACCCUGAGGGGCCACUUAGAAGACGUGUAUGAUAUUUGCUGGGCAACUGACGGGAAUUUAAUGGCUUCUGCCUCUGUGGACAACACGGCCAUCAUGUGGGACGUUAGUAAAGGCCAGAAGAUCUCCAUUUUUAAUGAACAUAAAAGUUACGUACAAGGAGUAACCUGGGAUCCCUUGGGUCAAUAUGUUGCUACCCUGAGCUGUGACAGGGUCCUGAGAGUGUAUGGCACACAGAAGAAGCGCGUGGCCUUUAAUGUCUCCAAGAUGCUGUCUGGAGUGGGGGCCGAAGGAGAGGCGAGAAGUUACCGGAUGUUCCAUGAUGACAGCAUGAAGUCGUUCUUCCGUAGACUGAGUUUCACUCCUGAUGGAUCUUUGCUCCUCACACCAGCUGGGUGCGUGGAAUCCGGUGAAAAUGUAAUGAACACGACUUACGUUUUCUCCAGGAAAAACCUUAAAAGGCCCAUCGCCCACCUUCCGUGCCCUGCGAAGGCGACGCUCGCUGUCCGCUGCUGCCCUGUCUACUUCGAGCUGAGGCCGGCGGCGGAAGCAGGUGUGUUAAAAGCGGGCGUGGAGCUGGUGAGCCUGCCCUACCGCCUGGUGUUCGCGGUGGCUUCCGAGGACUCGGUGCUUCUCUACGACACCCAGCAGCUGUUCCCGUUUGGCUACGUGUCCAACAUCCAUUACCACACCCUGAGCGACAUUUCCUGGUCCAGCGACGGGGCCUUCCUGGCCAUCUCUUCCACAGACGGUUACUGCUCCUUCGUGACGUUCGAGAAAGAUGAGCUUGGAAUCCCCUUGAAAGAGAAGCCGGUUCUGAGCGUGCGAACUCCUGAUAUAGCAAAGAAAACCAAGAGUCAGACCCCCUCGGGGUCUUCGCCAGGACCCAGGCCAGGGGAGGGGACCCCCACCGGCAGAGUCCAGGACCCCAACAGUCCCUCUGCCACCCCCCCGCAGGUGAAACAGUCUCCAGCCCCCCCGGCGGCCAAGGACAGCCCCGCGGCCGCUCCCGCUUCCAGGGUCUCCCCGGCAGGGCCCCCUAAGGAGAAGCCCCCGCAGCCCAGCAGUCAGAGCACCAAGGCCCUGCCGUCCCGGAGGGUCACCCUGCACACCCUGCAGGCCUGGAGCAAGCCCACGCCCCGGAGAAUAAACUUAAUACCCUUAAAGACAGAUUCUCCACUGAACUCCAUAUCAACCCCCAUAACUUCCAGCCCUUCCACAGAGGAAAUUCAAUCAGAGAUGCUUGCAGACCCUCAGGUCAGCCCCCCGGAGCUGAAGCGGCCCCGAUUCGCCUGUGCACGUGUGUGUGCUCCGUCGUGUCCGACUCUCUGCGACCACAUGGACUGUAGCCCCCGCCAGCCUCCUCAGUCCAUGGGAUGCUCCAGGCAAGAAUACUGGAGCGGGUUGCCGUGUCCUCCAGAGCACCUUCCCAAACCUGCGUCUCCUGCAUCGUCAGGCAGAUUCUUCAGCACUGAGUCACCUGGGAAGCUCCGUCCACAACCCAGUUAA